AUGGCUUCGUCCAGCGUCAACAGCAACAGCGCUAUCCUGACCCACCUCUCGCACGCGCUGCUACGCAUCUCGCGCAUCCCACCACGAGUCAUCGCCAGUCCACCCACGCAGCCACGUCGAGCGUCCGUAGCCAUCCUGCUCCGCGUGCGACCCGCGCCGGAGGACGAAGCCUGGCUUGCGCAGAAUCACGAUCCUGAGGCACAGCAGAUCAGCCCAGCCGCGGCAGGUGGAGAUGCGGGCGCGAGCCACGAGAUGGGCAGCUCGGGCGUGCACGUUUCGCAGGCAUCGCUGGGUCAGACGGCGGGUGCAGCGGGGGUGUCGUCGCUAGCUUCGAGCGUUGCUUCGGCCGACCUGUCGUCGACGUUGGGCAGCUUCUUCGAUCAGGCUUGGGUGAAGCGUGGAACACCAGAGAUCCUGUACAUCAAGCGUGCGGCGAGGAUCGGCGACAACUGGUCUGCGCACGUAGCCUUCCCCGGCGGAAGAAAGGAGGAAGGCGACGAGAAUGGACUGUACACGGCAAUGCGCGAGACGUGGGAGGAAGUCGGCAUCGAUCUGGCUGAAAAGGAGUUCUCCUGCGUCGGUCAGCUGGACGACCGCGAGAUCACCACGAGUCUGGGCAAGCGUCUGCUGAUGGUGCUGUCGCCGUACGUGUUCGUGCAGACGUCGCCGUUCAGCCCGCUGCCGGAUCUGCAGCCGAGCGAGGUGGCUUCCGCGCACUGGAUCCCGCUCUCGUUGCUGUACACGCCCAAGCCCAAGUGGGGAACGACGUCGGUGGACAUCAGCAGCAGGUUGGCGCCCAAGUCGCCGUUGGUGAGGUGGGUGUUGCGUGCGUUGGUGGGCAAGAUGGAUUUCAAGUGCAUCUUGCUGCCGAACGAUCCGGUGGCGGUGGCGGAGUACGACGAGAAUGAGGAGGAAGGGCUGGCGGAUUCGUCGAUGGGAGGAGGCGAAAAGGCUGGAUCUCACAUUGCGCGUACGGAGGAAGGGAGUGUUCGACCAGAGCUGAGGUUGUGGGGCUUGACGCUCGGGAUGACACUCGACCUGCUUUCGCACAUGACGACGUUCAACAGCAGCUCGUCGUUCCGGUCGGGACCUACCUCACCUCCCACCUCGCCGUCUCGAUCCUGGUCGGCACUACCCUCGGUACCGCCACUCCAAGAUGCGGCAUCGAGCACGCUACCCAGCGCCUCGGAGCUCGUCUCCUCCCCCGUGCCCUCGCUUAACCGUGUCAUCGGUCGCAUCCGGGACGAGUUCCACCUCAACCCUCCACCGGCAUCGCACGCGCUAGCCCCGAGCCUCACCUCCGUCUUCCCGCGGUUCUCGUACCCGGACGUCAACUUUUGGAUCUGGUUCUUCGGCUGGAGGUACCGGAACGUGGUGCGCGGGUGGGAGUCGAGCGUGGGGACGAGGAUGGAGAGGAAGUUCAAUUGGAGCGGGAUGGCGCUCGGUGCGUUCUACAGUGCGCAGCCAUCACCGGCUGCUUCGACCUCUCAACCCGUCUCCACAAGCGACACGGACUUCCGCAAAGCACCCGCCGACGUCAAGCGCAUCCCCGGCUCGGCUGCAUCGAUGAACGUCACCGAACGUACAAAGUCCCACACAUCGGCGACACCUUCCGCCUCUCGUCCUCCUGCUGGUUCCUCUGCGCUAUCACGGAAAACAGCCAUUCAAGCGAUGCAGCCGUUCCUGACCACCUCUACCACCUCGUCCUCUCCCAUCCAACCGACGGAUAUCCAGCUGCUCACCAAAUCCAUCCUCUCGAACCAAGAACGACAGCAGAUCAUCCUGCACUAUCAGGAACGACUCAUCGACACCUGCCCCUCGCUUUCCGACCUCAAAGAAUCGCUUCUGUACCUGAGUGCGUCGUCGUGGGGGCAGAUUUUGGAGGAGAGAAAGUUGGCGGGGAAAUGCUCCUACCCGCCAUGCACGAACGACUCCCCCUCAUCCGCAGCAUCGGGAUUAGGCAGACAGAGGGAAGGGAAAUUUCGCAUCAAUCUGCGGACAAAACAGGUCAAGUCGAGGGAAGAGCUGGAGUUGGGCCAGGCGGGAAACACGUGGGAUGAGCUGAGGGAGUUUUUCUGCAGCAAACAGUGUUGGGCGAGAUCAGAGUGGAUCUUGAGAUGGGUGUUGGGGGAGAAGGAGUUGGGAUUUGAGGAUAAGGGAGGUGGGGAUAAGGGGGUACUGGGUGGAAAGUGGCAGAAGUUGACGAGUCAGGGGGCAGGGGAGGAGGUGGAGUUGCUGGAGGAUAUUGAGAGGCAAGGUGGGGUUUGGUUUGACGAUUCGCAAGAGAGGGGUGCGAUCGAUGAUGUGCCGGAGGAGGAGGAGAGAAAGGAAGUGGUAGCGGUGGAGAGGAAGGAUGUGGUCAGUGGGAAGUCCAACGUCAAGCAAGUAUCAAAUCUCUUGGGAGACUUGACCAUCGUCGAACGCCCCAAAAGCAACAACGCAACAACAACCACUCCACCGAUAUCGACAUCACACCCACCCAAAUCCUCCACAACACCGUACGACGUAGACGUACCCAACAGUCUCGGCCACCGCUUCCACCCCACCACCUCCUCUUCCAAUGCAGACAUCGACCCCUCCUCACCCACCUCCCUCCUCCCCACCUCUUCGCAACGCGAACUCUCGCACAUCCUACGCUACGCCUCGCUCGCCACUGGCUCACGACGCUCCCAACCCAACUCUUCGUCUGCACCCACAACCGCAACCCCUCACGACGCUGAUCAUCCGGAUGACGACGCCGAAGAGGAUGGUCCGACGAUGGAUGCUGCGCAGGCCAAGGAGCGGGAGCGCCUGCGAAGGCUGAUGGACGUAGCGCUCGACGUGAGGCGCGACCAACGCGAAUUGGGUCUGUUGGAUUGA